GGUGUGAUGCUGAAGGUUUUGGUCGUCUUGGUGACCUGCCUCGUCGCCUCCACCGCCGCCCUGAAGCACUCGUGGCAGACUCCAGGCUGUCACAAAGUCGGCCACACCCGCCGGAUCAGCAUUCCCGAGUGCGUGGAGUUCGACAUCACCACAAACGCGUGCCGAGGGUUCUGUGAGUCGUGGUCGGUGCCCUCGGCCUGGCAGACGCUCCUCUAUAACCCCCACCAGAUCGUAACGUCUAUAGGCCAGUGCUGCAACAUCAUGGACACCGAAGAUGUGAAGGUGAAGGUCAUGUGCAUCGAGGGGCCGAGGGAGCUGGUCUUCAAGUCCGCCAGAACAUGCGCUUGUUUCCACUGCAAGAAGUACUAGACCUUCAGCUCGCGACGUGGGAAGAGGAGGCGGCGGUGAUGGGGACGAAGAGGAAGAAAAAGAAGAGAGAGGGAAAGACGCUGAGGACGUGGUGUUGAAAAUGACGGGGCAGGAGAAGACGGUGCUUCGUGCUGGAGGCGCCACGAGGAGGCAACGAACACUUCACUCACAUUUUCCAUCACUUGAUACCGUACAUCGUGGUGUCCUGUUGUAUGUCGCUGGCUUUACUAUAACAACCCCAAAAUCUGUUGAUCCAAUUCAGAGCUGUUAAGAUGGAUAUCCAAUAAUUACAUCACCAGAAUCAUAAAA